UGAGUGGCGAGUGUUCUUCGCAGUUCGCACACACUUGCUUUGAGGUGAGCGGGGACUCACCUGUUGAAAAAGCAGUAAGAGACCGCUUUAAACCAGAUUUAUCAACGUUAAUCGUGGCCUUUUUACAACAUGACGGACGCGCUUUUGCCAAACGGCCACAAGGACGGUAAAGGAGACGGAAAAUUAUUCAGAAAGGGUUGUAACCCGUUCGCCCAAACCGGUCGAAGCAAACUGCAGAACAAGCGAGCCAAUUUGAACCAACAGAUCAUCAAGCAAAUGAGGAUGCGAGCGGGAGCGGAGAAUCUUCUCAAGGCUACGUCCAACAACAAGGUGAAGGAGAUGGUCUUGCUGGAGCUGAGCUACGUCAACUCUAACCUGCAGCUCCUCAUGGGCCAGCUGGAAGGACUCAACAGCUCCGUGGAGGUCUACCAGAGCAGCCAAGAAACUGCCAACAUCCCUCUUAUUGCGCUGGGUCUGAAGGAGACCAAGGAAGUUGACUUUUCUACUCCUUUUAAGGAUUAUAUAAUUUCGCAUUACAAUGAAGACGGAGCCAGCUACGAGGAUGAGCUUGCCGACCUGAUGGACUUGCGUCAGUCUUGCAGGACACCAAGUCGUAGCGAGGCUGGCGUGGAACUUCUUGCAAAGUACUUCAACCAUCUUCCGCUUGUAGAGAGUCGAUUCUUCUCACCCACGCAUCACAGCGGCAUCUUCUUCACUUGGUACGACUCCUUCACGGGCGUGCCGGUUUGCCAGCAAAACCUAUCGCUAGAGAAGGCCAGUAUGCUCUUCAACAUGGCCGCCCUCUACUCACAGAUCGGCACCCGCAGUGACCGGCAGACAUCGGUCGGCCUGAGGGAUGCCAUUUCAGCAUUCCAGAAGGCAGCGGGCAUUCUGAACCACCUGAAAGAGACUUUCACGCACACGCCUAGCUAUGACAUGAGUCCUGCCAUGCUGGCCAUGCUGAUUCGCAUGAUGCUGGCGCAGGCACAGGAGUGUCUCUUCGAACAGCUCGCCCUGCCCGGCGUCCGCAAUGAGUUUCUGACCCUGCUCAGGAUGGCGCAGGAGGCGGCCAAGGUGUCAGAAAUCUACGACCACGUCCACCAAUCCAUGAUCCAGACGCCGGUGAAAGACAAUGUGCCUUUUUUCUGGUCCACCAUGUCCCAAGUGAAGACCAACCACUAUCGCUCCAUGGCGCACUACUUUUUGGCCUCCGCUUUGUUGGACCACCACAUGAGUCCAAGCGAUGACGAGGACAAGCAAGAAAAGACCUUGUCUCAAGUGUACGAUCACCUACCUGAUGGAUGUUCACCUCUGGACAUUUUGAAAAAAAAGGAUCAGCGAGAGCGAGUCGGAAGAGCCCAUAUUCGUCGCGCCAUCACGGGCCACGAGGAGGCACUGAGGAUCUACUCAUUGUGCCAUCACCUCAACAAGCUGGAGAUGCUGCAAGACAUUCUAAAAGCCAGCCACCAGCGCUCGCUGCACAAGGCCAGUGACAACCAGACAGACGAGGAAUUCGCAGACUACCUGGAGGCACCCGACAUUAUCUCAAAAACUGAGCAUCAAGCAGAGAUGGAGUUUCCCGCUGUCUUAAAGGUGAAAGUCAUGGACUUUUUCCGGAGGCUGGGUCCUCUAUCGGUGUUCUCCGCCAAGCAGCGUUGGACACCACCCCGGACAGUUCGUCUGCGAACAGAGGACAGAGACCUGGGCUUUACCCUUAAGGGGGAUGCACCGGUCCAAGUGGUCUCACUGGAUCCUCUCUGUCCUGCUGCUGCCGAUGGGCUGAAAGAGGGCGACUACAUUGUUGCCGUGGGUGAGGUGGAAUGCAAGUGGAUGGGUGUGGGUGAGGUCAUGAGGCUGCUGAAAGAUGUCGACGAGCAGGGCGUGGACAUCACGGUCAUCAGCAUGCUGGACAGUAACCCAACCAUGCCGGCCAAAAGUGCCACAUUCUGCGGCAACCUGCCCAAAACGUACUCCAUGAUCUGCCUGGCCUACGACAGCGACGACAAGAAUGGCAAGUCGCGCAAGAUCAGCAAGAAAUCAUCCUUCCUCAGCUGGGGCCUGAAGAACAAACUGAAGAGUGCCAGCACCGUCAGCCUCCCCACCGCGGAGCAGUCGUGGAACAAGCCUUGUCCGGCCUUCCCCAGCACCUACAAGGAUGCCACCCGUUACUGAGUACACAGGUGCCCUCUCCUCGGUACAAAAAUCUGACAAGGACACAUUUUGGGGAAAAAAAGAAAAAAAAAAUCAAAAAUGUUAUUUUAUGAGAAAGUCGAUUUUAUUUGUCAAAAAAGGUGCAAUGUUACAUUAAUGAAGUAAUACUUUUUGCAGUUAAAAUCAUAUUUUCUGAGGAACAAAAGUUGUAACGUUAGGAGAAUAAAGUUGAAUAGAUACGUGUUUAAAAAAUUAUCAUUUUUAUGAGGAUAGAUUUCACAAAAAUAUAUUUUGUAUUUUUUUACUCCAAUUAAUGUGCAAUGUUAUGAGGAUAAUCGAUAAAUUCAUUUGCAAAAAACAGGGUAGUCACGGGGAUAUAAAAGUGCAUUCAUUCAUUUUUUUUUUUUUAACUCGUUGACUACCAUAGCUGCAACAGGCCAUGUGAACUGGGAAGGGUGUCAGUGAUCAUUCACGCCUAUUACCUUCAAUACCUCAAAAGUUUUAAUCUUAUGAGAAGAUGGGCAAGAGAAACCACCCCCCUUCUACAAAAUGAAUGAUGCCAAAACUCGGUUUUUGUCCUAAAUUUUUGAGUACAAAAACGUUGACUUUUUUUGUUGUUGCAACUUUUACUUCCCCAUUGAAGUGUAAAAGUGUGCUGUGAGUCUGAAGCAGAGCAAAUCUACGAAUGUCUCCGUCAUUAAAUUAACAUAUUUGAUCUUCGCCUAAUAUUUCCAUCAAAAUGUGACUUUUCUCCAGUUCCCCCGCCUGACUUGCAAUAAAAAUACACAACUUUGAUUCAACACUUGCCUUGCACAUACCACUGAAUGCCUGUAUAUAUUUUUUCAUUGUUAAAAUAAAUGAAGUAAUUUGAAAUAUACUUCCAACUGAGAUAUACUUCAAUAGCACGUCCAUUAUAAUAAGGAUAGAGCGUCUUGUAAUGUAACUAUAUGAAUGUAGGAUCAGACUGACCAUGUCACCUUUAUUUAAACAUUCCAUGGAAAGACUGCGGCCAUUUUUGCUGACACCUUUACAGUGUUGGUCUCAUUUCUUUUGUCUACAAAGUAGAUUCUCAUACAUGUUUGAUAAUCAAAUUUAUUAUUUAUGUCAUAUCAAGAAUCUAUUAUUUUCCGUUAGGUUGUGUGUAGUUUGUGAAUUAAAAAAACAACAACUUUUUGCACGUUGGAUUUCUUGAAGGAAUGUAUCUUAUUCUCUUUUUUUGUGUGUAUGCUGGUACAUUGUCAUAAGAUAACACUCUGACACGUACUUAGUGCCAUGUUGUUUUAAAAGUGCUGAUCGUGAUGACUAAACGUGUAUUUUGUCAUCCUGAGAUUUAUGCAUUAUUCACCCAGGUGGGAUAUUGCAAACAAGAAAAAGCAGUGUGUUGCUAUCAUGACUUUCAUGUUGUCGUUGUAUUAUUCAUUUCUCUUGUGGCCUAAAUGCUUUUUGGAAAUUCUUUUUGUCUUGUGUAGAGUCUAAUCUUAAUAAAAACUAAAGGAACAAAACCGUA